GAGAAGGAGUAGAAGGAGGGGGAAACAGAAAUGUCCCCGACUUAUCGCCCCUUCACUAUGACUAACUCAGUGUUUGGAAUGGUAACACGGUGGUGCGCGUCGCCCCCGGACUCUAUCAUCCCCGCGGCGGACGGUGUGGGUCUAUCUGACCGAGAGACGGGCUCUGCAGGGCGGCUGAGGUGAGCGGAGCGGAGAUGGACCUGAAUCUUCUUCUCGUUCUCCAGCUCGGCGGGCUUCUAGCCCACAUCCUCCACUUAACGUCCGCGCUGGAACCUUACGACCUGCUGUACGACAACGGGGUCGAGGCGUUCUCCAGGGGCGACUAUGACGGCGUGGUUCGGUUCAUGGAAAAAGCGCUUCAAACUUUCUCCCAGGUCCGGAACACUAAAGUCCGCUGCCGGCUGAAGUGUGAGGACCAGCAUCGCGUGGACGGCUUCCUCAACACCGACCUGUUCUUCAGCUCGGUUCUCCGGAGAGCCGCCUGCCUCAACCACUGCAUCGAGGCGCAGAUCGGCACGCAGUCCAUGCACAAAAUCAGCGACGAUGUUCUGCAGGACUUCCACAGGAGAAUCCCUUACAACUACCUGCAGCUCGCCUACAGAAAGCUGAAUCAGCUGGACAAAGCCGCGGCUGCUGCUCACACGUACUUCCAGGCUAACCCUGAGCAUGUGGAGAUGAGCCAGAACUUGGAGCAGUAUAAGGCUCUGGAGGGCGUGGAGGAGAAAAACUUCAUCGACCGAGAGGCCCGUCCACAUCAGGCAUCCUUCUCAGCUGGGGUGAAGCUGUAUGAUGAAGGGCAGUACGAGGAGGCCGUGGCUCUGUUUGAAGAGGCUCUGACUGAAUACUACAAAGCAGAUGUGGAGUGUCGAGCCCUGUGUGAGGGACCCCAGCGCUUUGAGGAGCAGGACCAUGUGCUGUAUCGCUACGGUCUCUUCGAGCUUGUUUCAGAUCACUACACACAGCUUCUGCACUGCAAGCAUGAGUGUGUGAGGGAUUUGGCCACACGCCCUGGACGUCUCUCGCCAAUGGAGAACUACCUGCCCCUGCACUAUGACUACCUGCAGUUUGCCUAUUUCCAAGUAAAUAAAGUGGAGGAGGCUCUAUCCUGUGCUCUGACAUACCUGCUGUUCCAUGAAGGAGCCGAGUUCAUGACUGAAAAUGUGGAGCAUUUCAGAGAGAUGACUGGUCAGGACGGUCAGCCUCGCCAGCAGGCUGUGCAGUAUUUACUGAGGCACAAGCAAGAGUUGGAGUUGCUCCUCAUUGGCACCGAAAACAUGGGAGUGCCAUACACUGAAGGGAACUAUUGGAACAGCUUUGGAGGAAGAGAUGACGCAAACAGAAUCCCCUCUGGAACGGAUGGCUGGAUGGAGUAUGUGCCCAUCUCAGAAAAAAAGAACAAUUCGGUGACAGUGGUGCAGGAGCUUAGGGAAGGAGGUCCUUUACUGUAUGACAGUGUUCAUGUGGUACACAAUUCAAUGGCUCUUAAUGGAACCCAGAGAGUUGUCUUUGAUGAUGUAAUUUCUGACAGAGAGUGUUCUGAGCUGAAGCAUCUGGCACAUACUACAACGAUUGCUGGAGAUGGCUACAGAGGGAAGAUGUCUCCUCACACACCUAAUGAAAAAUUUGAAGGGACAACAGUGCUUAAAACCUUACAGUUUGGUUAUGAGGGUCGUGUACCUUUGAAAAGCGCCCGCCUCUUCUAUCAAAUCAGUGAGAAGGCAAGGAAGAUAGUCGAAUCUUACUUCAUGCUGAACUCUACCCUGCAUUUCUCAUACACUCACCUUGUGUGCAGAACAGCUAUUACAGGUCAACAGGACCACAGGAAUGACCUCAGCCACCCGAUCCAUGCUGAUAACUGUCUGCUGGACCCAGAAGCAAAUGAGUGCUGGAAAGAGCCUCCAGCCUACACCUACAGAGACUAUAGUGCACUGCUGUACCUUAAUGGAGAUUUUGAAGGAGGAGAGUUUAUAUUCACUGAAAUGGACGCCAAAACCAUUACGGCAUCUAUAAAGCCGCGGUGUGGGAGGAUGGUGGGUUUCUCCUCGGGUGGUGAGAACCCGCAUGGUGUGCGAGCUGUCACUAGAGGGCAGAGAUGUGCUGUAGCGCUCUGGUUCACUAUGGAUCCUCUUUACAGGGAAAUGGAGAGGCUACAAGCGGAUGAAGUGGUUCAAGCCCUCGACAACCAGCAUCACUGGAAUCAAGGUCAAAUAAACCCCAAAGAUGAAUUAUAGUCCAAGAUCCAGUUGGACAGGAAGCCUUUAAUUCAGAGCAGUUCCUAUUUAUUUCAUCAGAACAGGUUUAUUUUUGUACUGUUUGAAAUUAAAAUAUAUAUUUUUUCUUUUCCAUCACCACGAUGAGCAGUGUGGUCAGUAUAACAGGUCAAAACUGUGUUUCUUUGGAAAUUAAACAGGAGAAUCUUUAAGCUUCUAGAGCAGAAUGGAUGUCACUGUUACAAAAUUGGAGAUUUUUAGUAUUUUAUUAUAAAAGAUUUACUAUACAGAUUAAAUCCAAGUCAGAUGCUGACUAUGGGCAUUUUCAGGAUUGUGAGCUUACUGUAUGUGCUUUUAUAUGUAAUUUAUUUUAAGGUAAUGUUAUCUUCAACCCUCAUUAUAUAAAGCACUGCUAACUGUUUUUGUUCAUUUUCUUUGUUUUUCAGGAUAUCAGUUUAGUUUUUUUUUUGAGAGACUAGAUAUUUUGUUUACAGCAGUACUGACUCAUUAUUAUGGUCUGUCCUGAUCACAAACACUCCACCAAAUAAGUGUCAGCAUUUAAUGUAAAAUCCUUUUUUAAUAAAAGAUGUUAUUUAUUCCUGUUUCAAGGAAUUUUAAAUUAUCUAUGGCAUAAAACAGUCCUUUCUUUUCAAAUCUGAACAUAAUCUGUGUGGUUGCUAUUGGUACUGUUCUAUUUAAGACAGCAUUUCAAAGGGUUUAUGAAGGAUGGCCACCUUUGUCAUUGAUAUUUAAUGUUACAACUAUUUAUGCUUUACUUAAUGCAAAACAGAUUUGUAACGACUUUUGUUUUUUAAUUAAAAAAUAUUAACUAUG